AUGACUGCAGCGAUGAGAAUAUUAUCAUAUGGUGUCGCAGCAGAUGCAGUUGAUGAUUACAUUCGUAUUGGGGAAAGCAUUGCAAUUCAAAGUUUGCAACAAUUUUCUAAUUCAGUGAUUGAAAUAUUUGGAGAAGAAUAUCUGAGAUCCCCGAUGACAACUGACAUUGCUAGAUUACUUGCUAUUGGAGAGGUACGGGGGUUUCCUGGUAAAGCUCCCCCUGUCCAUUACACAAUUAAUGGACAUAAUUACGAUAUGGGUUAUUACCUUGCUGAUGGUAUAUACCCGCAAUGGGCAACAUUGGUUCAAACAAUUUCUUCUCCCCAAGGAGCAAAGAGACAACAUUUUGCAAUGAUGCAAGAGUCUGCCAGGAAAGAUGUAGAGCGAGCAUUCGGAGUCCUUCAAUCUCGAUUCGCAAUUAUACGUGGUACUGUACAUUAUUGGGAUUCGAAAAUGCUUGCCAACAUAAUGAAGAGUUGCAUCAUAUUACAUAAUAUGAUUGUCGAAGAUGAGAGAGAGGAGCACCUUGAUUUCAAUUAUGAUAUUGCAUCAACCAACACACCAGUGCAACUUUCCUCUACUCCUACCAAUGACUUCCAAUCAUUUCUGUCUCGUCAUUUAGGUAUUAGAGAUAAGGAUGCGUAUCAUGCCCUCUGUAAUGAUUUAGUAGAACAUAUGUGGUAUCAUCGUGGUGAACACUAA